CAUAUCCCCUCAGGGAUUCUCUCUCUCUCCCUCUCUAUCCUCCUCUUCACCUCACUCGCUCUUCCGACCAUGUCACCGAGUACCCACGACCACCACCACCACCAUCACCCACUCCCACGAUGAGCAGCAAGUUGGAGGUCUUCGACAUCGUCUUCGAGAACAAUGACGUCGACAUCUUCAAACCAGGCGACGUCAUUCAGGGAUUCGUACUCGUCGUCCUCUCGGCGGAGAAAAAGCACAUUCGAGGUAUUCGAGUGAAGUUCAAAGGAAAGACUAAGACGGAAUGGAGGAACUUUCACGAUGAUGGAGAAGACUUCUUAUGGAAAGAAGUUUUAUUCAAACACACUGCUCUUGUCUUUGGUGAAGAUGAUGCGUGUGAUCGCAGCUACAUCCUUCCAGCCGGGGAGCACAAGUUCCCCUUCCGCUUCCGUCUACCUCUUGGCCUCCCUCCGGAGCUCUACUGCAAGUUCGCUCAGGUCUCUUACAUGGUGAAAGCAGUCAUCGACCGUCCUCGAAAGUACGACCACUCGGCCAAGAGAGCCUUCAGGAUCAGACCCGUGGUCGACCUCAAUAUCAUCCCUGAAGUCCUGCAUCCGAUCGGUGAUCAGCAGACGACGAACGAGGGAUGCUUGUGCUGCGAGACUGGUCCGAUCACGCUCGACGUCAACGUCAACAAGCGAGGUUUCGUGGUCGGCGAGUCCAUGUGGGUCUCAGGCUGUCUCGACAACCAGAGCAACAGCGACGUGUCUGUCAUCUCCUGCACCUUGACUCAGACGUUGACAUUCUUCGCCAAGUCGGGAUGGCGAACAGACGACAAGCGCAUCAGAGAUGAUAUCGUGGAGAUCGAAAUCGAGGGGUGCCCGUCGUAUCAGAAGAAGGCGAUCGAACCCACGGCCUUCAGGGUUCCGCCCAUCGUACCCUGCGCUUUCGAGACAUGCCCUAAUAUCUUCCUCGAGUAUUCACUUCAGAUUUCUGCAAUAGUAGGGUUCGAGACUCCAGCGUGUUCAUUGAGGUUACCUAUAUCCAUUGGUACCAUUGCCGCCCUCAACACCAUCCGCAGACCAUCGGUUAACAUGGCCGUCACGCAUCAGUCUGAACUCAAACGAAUGGUGCCACCACCUCCAUCAUACGACAUUGCCGUAUCUGGCUUCAGAGAGGUAGAACCCGUUCAAAGCAACCCUUCAGCAACAAGAACAAAUCCUGCGAGACUGUUUCCUGACUUACCCAUCAUAUCCAACUAUACCGCAUCGGACAGCAACGUCCUACCGGUGUCUUGCAGUCCGCGGUCACCCUCAGGAAAAGGAAAGUACAGCACUUCCCCAACGUCAGAGAAAAACAGGCAACGUAAAACAACGUCGCCGGCUGCAGGGAACUUUGCGACGUUACCAAGUAACCCCUUACCGGCGUCAUACAGCCCCAUGUCGCCGACAUCGAGAGCAAUGUAUGACACUCUGCCGUCGGCUAAUGACAGACGAAGCGGUAAAAGUGCUCCGGUAAUGGCCAACCCGGUAACAACGUCACCAGCCCACGUUAUACCUCCGCUGAGCAGUCCGAGGUCUUCGACGCCGCGGUUGAGGUAUGAUUCGACGCCAACGUCGGAACGCGGCGAAAGCGCGUCGCUCCUCUCAAAUAGAAUGACAGCCCCUGACGCAAACACAUAUUACGAUACGUCGUUGGGUUAUGGACAGUUACCUCUUGCCGAUCCUUGGCGAACACAGAAUCAAUUCAUCCGGGAUGAUCCCCAAGAUCAAAGUAUGGCACGGACUCGGGGAAGAAUUGCAGAAGCAUUCGUGUGACGAUGCAUGAUUAUGACGUGGUAUAGUGAGUGAUAUAGUGGCUCAUUCACUUGACUCUCAAUCCAAGAGUCUCCGCCUGGUACUAACGUCCUAUGGCAAGACGUAAAUCCACUUUUGGAAUUCUCGACCUAGGUGUAUAUGGGUACCUUUGUGUAAAUUACUGGGGUAAUUAAAACAAAUUGCAGGGCCCA